GAACAAUAGCUAUAGUACAAAGUCUACCUUGCAUUGAGUGAGAUCAAAUACAUGUACAUGCACGUACAACCCGUUGCACUGCCAUCCCCUUCUAGUUAGCCGGAGCUGAAAAGCCAUGAUGAUGAUGCAAAUUGCACCAACAAGAUUACUGAUUAAAGCGUAACCGGGGAGUCAAACUCCACGCUGUGGUGCUCUUCACGUAGGUCUACACGGCAGUCCUGUUAGGCCCGCCUGGCCGGGGUACCACUUUUGGUCCUGUGAAGACUUCAAUCAAAACCGUCAUCCUCCGCGCAUUGAUAGGACAAGCUCCUAUGCUUAUCAUCCCUACUCAUAAUCAAAGGAAACGACAACAUGAUCAUGGAAGAAGCUUCUCGUCACACAAGGUGUGCCCGUCCCAAGGAUUACUGGUGGAGUAGUAAACACGUCUACCCAGACAAACCAAGGAUCACCUGUCCUUCCAUCUCUCGCUGGGCCGUACUGCGCAGUAAACGGGUAUUGUCAACUCCAAUAUGCCGAUCAAUUCUUUUUGUGUUGACCUUAAUGGUCCUUACUUCAGUCAUGCUCAGUAGUCCAACCACCGAUUUCGAGAUGGAAGACAGGAGGGAGAAUGUACAAUUACGCAAAAGUACUCCUACCCUGGCCAGUGUAAGGUCGACAGCAAUCACCAAUACGAGAUUACAAGAAGUUGACGAGCGUGUUGAACAGACAACUAACUGGACAAUCAAAGAUGAAUUGCAGCCAACAACUAAAUCUUUCGGACCGGCUAGUGUCUUUGCACAGAAGUACGCCCCUGGUUACUCUCAAAACGACUCCGAGCUUUUUAGCUACCUCGCUGCCCUCAGCAAGCAGAAAUGGGUGUACAAUUCCAGCAAUGCAAAGGAGUUCAGGGUCGACUUACGAGCUGCUCUAGGGAAAGAAGGACGGUUUGAAAACUUCAUCGCAACACGACGAAAUACGCGGCCGGACCAAAAUAUCAGCUUUUAUCUUCGUGGCUCUAUGCUAAUGUCCAAAACCUUGUGGAGAUCGCUUCCAAGGGGUACAAUAUAUAAACGUAGACGUCAUCGGACCUGCAGUGUUGUUGGCUCCAGCGGUGUACUGAACGGAUCCCGAUGUGGAAAUCUCAUAGACAAGGCAAACUUUGUCCUCAGAUUCAACUUGGCUUAUGUGAAAGGCUAUGAAGCCGACGUUGGCACCAAAACACACUUCACGACGUUAAACCCUUCAUUAGUACACAAAAGGUUUAAUAGGCUGAGGACCAAGCAAAACUAUGCAGACUUUGAGGAGGUCUUAAAGCAGUUUAAGGGCAGCCAACUGUGGCUGCCAGCAUUUGCUUCCACCUUGCAACAUCGAACCCUCCUCAGAGUCGCGAGUGCUGCCCGAUAUUCCAAGCUAGUCACGCCCAUCCUUGGCCACCCUGACCACUACACCACCGUGGCAAAGCUUUGGAAGAAAACGUUGAAUGUAACUGGCUGGACCACAACAGGUCUGCACGUGUUCACGUCCAUCUUCGAUCUGUGUGACCGAAUUGAUGUCUUCGGUUUCUGGCCGUUUGCCAAAUCCUUGGAGGGCAAGACGUUACCAUACCACUACCACGACGGCAGACGAGGCGCGUCAGCUCACAGUUUCACCAAAGAAUUCAAGGCGAUAUUGCAUUUGCACGAGCUUGGCAUUAUCAAUUUUCAUUUGGGUUCAUGCGUAUGAUCGUUCUAUGUGACCUGCUAAUUUUGUUACAUGUCCCAGAAAGCAAUUUUAAACCUUCCCGCCUGCUUUAAAAUGCAUCAUAUGGCGCGAAACGGAGCUAACUUCUAUUAUGGACCAUAAGUUUUACUUUUUGUUCAGUUGUUUAUGAUGUUAAUAACAAUCUCAGUUUAUUUUAUAUGAAUAGACAUUUCUUUUAUUCAAGGUUUAAAUGUUUGACAUUCAAAUAAAUUCCCAUUUAUCUCAAUUCAUAAAAUUAAAGGGAGAAGCAGUAAUGUUUCAAAUCUCAGUAUUUUGCUUGAUAAGAAAUCUUUAUAGGGCAGGGCCGAAGGCAGGGAGGGGAGGUGGGCGCGGACGAACGCCCCCCCCCCCUAAAAAAAUAAAAAUAAUAAUCAUAAUUAUAAUAUGCAUGUCCACUGUUUCCUAGCAAUUGACAUUUGAGGUUUACUCAAAUGAGUCUUUCCAUGGGUAAUCAAAUGUUUAUUAGACAUGAAAAAGCCCACUUCUUGGUAAAAACGACCCUCCACUUCCACCUGGCUGGCUACGAGCCUACGGCCCUGCGGGGGGGGGGGGGAGUUUAGAUUUUUAGGAUUUCCUAUUGAUGAUAUCAUCAUCAAAAGUCACUUGAAGUACUGCCAAUUCAUUGAAAUUGUGUAAAAAAUGGAAGAUUUGGAGUAAUUAUCACAAUAAAUAUUGCUCCCUUUGAAAAACAAA